AAGGGCCCUUGCACUGUGGAGAAGCGCUCCGUCAACGCCGGAGCCUCUCGGUAGCGUGAGAAACCAGCACGACUCCUGGCGGACGGCGGAGCUCGGCGCGCAGCCCCGCAGGCACGGGCUGAGAGGCCGGGCCGGGCCACGGCGGCGCGGAACCCGAGCGCGGGGCGCGGGGCGGGGCGGGCGCCAUAGCCGAGGCACCGCGUUCCGCCCGCAGCGGUUCCCGCGGCCGUCCCGGCGCGAUGUCGGGGUUCAGUCCGGAGCUGAUCGACUAUCUGGAGGGGAAGAUCUCCUUCGAGGAGUUCGAGCGGCGACGGGAGGAGCGCAAGAGCCGUGAGAAGGACAGUGAGAAUGCAUCUGGUGAGGAAAACGCCGACGAUGGAGAUGCUCCUUCUUCAUCCAGAAAGGCGGCUGGGAAGUCCCAAAGUCAGGAUGAAACAGACGGAGAAACUGCAGAUGGCGUCAGUAAAUCUGUUCAUCGGGUCUUCGCGUCCAUGAUUGGGGAAAAUGAAGAUGAGGAGGAGGAUGAAGAGGAAGAAGAAGAAGAAGAGGAAGAAGAAGCUACUGAGCAACCCACAGCUGGAGAUGUUUUUGUGUUGGAGAUGGUACUUAACCGAGAGACCAAGAAAAUGAUGAAAGAGAAGAGGCCUCGCAGCAAACUUCCUCGUGCGUUGAGAGGUCUAAUGGGAGAAGCUAAUAUCAGGUUUGCACGAGGAGAACGUGAGGAGGCUAUUCUGAUGUGCAUGGAAAUCAUUCGACAAGCUCCUCUUGCCCAUGAGCCCUUCUCCACUCUUGCCAUGAUCUAUGAAGACCAGGGUGAUAUGGAGAAGUCAUUACAGUUUGAACUGAUUGCGGCUCACUUAAACCCUAGUGAUACUGAGGAAUGGGUCAGGCUGGCAGAGAUGUCACUGGAGCAGGACAAUAUUAAACAGGCUAUUUUUUGCUAUGCAAAAGCUUUGAAGUAUGACCCAACCAAUGUGCGUUAUCUAUGGGAGAGAUCAAGCCUGUAUGAGCAGCUGGGGGAACAUAAGUUGGCAAUGGACGGCUACAGGCGUAUUUUGAAUCUCUUGUCUCCAUCUGAUGGAGAGCGGUUUAUGCAGUUGGCUAGAGACAUGGCGAAGAGUUAUUAUGAAGCCAAUGAUGCUGCCUCUGCUAUUGAGAUCAUAGAAGAAGCCUUUACUAAACAUCAGAGCCUUGUCUCCAUGGAAGAUGUUAAUAUAGCAGCUGAGCUGUAUAUUUCCUCCAAACAGUAUGACAAAGCAUUGGCGGUUAUUACUGAUUUUGCAGGAAUUGUACUUGAAAAGAAAGCAUCCGAAAAAAGUCCUGCUGAGGAGAAAAAAGAUGAUACAGCAGCAGUGGUAGAAACUCCGGAAAGUGAGGAGGCAGUGACUGACAACCAAGGUGACCCAGUUGCUGAAUCAAGUGUCGCAGCUGUGGAGAAAGUUAGCUGCCGUAUACCUGAAGGGGUUCCCAUAGACAUCACAGUCAAGCUGAUGGUGUGCUUGGUACACUUGAACAUCCUAGAGCCACUCAAUCCUCUUUUGACCACUCUGGUGGAACAAAAUCCGGAAGAAAUGGGUGACUUGUAUUUGGACGUUGCGGAAGCAUUUCUGGAUGUUGGAGAAUACAACUCAGCACUGCCUCUCUUGAGCGCCCUCGUCUGUUCUGAACGAUACAACUUGGCUGUCGUCUGGCUUCGGCAUGCAGAGUGCUUGAAGGCUUUGGGACACAUGGAGCGUGCUGCAGAGAGCUAUGCUAAGGUUGUUGAUCUCGCUCCGUUGCAUCUGGAUGCAAGAAUCUCACUUUCAACACUACAACAGCAACUGGGCCGGCCUGAGAAAGCUCUGGAGGCCCUGGAACAAAUGUAUGAUCCAGAUACACUGGCUCAGGAUGCUAAUGCUGCCCAGCAGGAAUUAAAAUUACUCCUCCAUCGUUCUACACUGUUGUAUUCCCAAGGCAAAAUGUACGGUUACGUAGACACUUUACUGACGAUGCUGGCAAUGCUGUUGAAGGUAGCAAUGAGCAGAGCUCAGGUGUGUUUGAUAUCUAGCUCCAAGUCUGGAGAGAGACACCUCUACCUUAUUAAGGUGCCAAGGGAUAAAAUUUCUGACAAUGAUGACCAGGAGGCAGCAAACUGUGAUGCAAAAGCGAUUUUUGCUGUUCUCAUGAGUGUUUUGACAAAGGAUGACUGGUGGAGUCUUCUCCUGAAGGCUAUAUAUUCCCUGUGUGACCUCUCCCGGUACAAGGAGGCUGAGCUACUAGUAGAUUCCUCAUUGGAAUACUACUCAUUUUACGAUGAUAGACAAAAGCGCAAGGAGCUGGAAUACUUCGGGCUUUCUGCUGCAAUUCUGGACAAGAACUUCAGAAAAGCAUACAACUAUAUCAGAAUAAUGGUAAUGGAAAAUGUCAAUAAACCUCAGCUGUGGAACAUCUUCAAUCAAGUUACUAUGCAAUCUCAGGAUGUCCGUCACCAUCGCUUUUGUCUCCGCCUAAUGCUGAAAAAUCCUGAUAAUCAUGCACUGUGUGUCCUAAAUGGGCAUAAUGCAUUUGUAUCUGGCAGUUUCAAGCAUGCUCUUGGACAGUAUGUGCAAGCCUUUCGUUCAAACCCAGAUGAACCUCUGUACAGUCUUUGUAUUGGCUUAACUUUCAUCCACAUGGCUUCUCAGAAAUACGUGUUGAAAAGGCAUGCUCUUCUGGUACAGGGAUUUUCCUUCCUUCACCGCUAUUUGGAUCUACGUGGGCCAUGUCAGGAAUCUUUCUACAACCUUGGCCGUGGCCUUCACCAGCUGGGGCUACUGCAUCUGGCGAUCCACUAUUACCAAAAAGUACUUGAACUUCCUCCUCUCUCCUUGGAGGGAAUAGAAACUGAUCAGACAGACCUGAGAAGAGAUACUGCCUUUAACUUGUCACUUAUUUAUCACAGCAGUGGAAAUACCAGAAUGGCUCAAAAGAUGUUGUAUACGUAUGCAGUUGUAUGAUGAAGUUUGUGGCAGUGAAUGACUCCUGUCUCUUCACGUGAAGAAGGCUUGUCAUGUCCCAGGAAGUACAGUCCUCAGCACUCGGCACUGAACUAAUGCUUUGAAAACAGAAGCUAGAGCUCCAGUAUACAGUUUCCCUUUGUGUUACUGAUUUCCAAAACUGAGUCUAGAACACUCAGACUCCUUAUUGCUUAUGUAUUUCAUAAAAUAGACUUAAAAGAAUUAGUAACCGUUUAAGUCGAUUAUUGCAUACAUUGCUAAACUACUUGGCUUAACCAUGGCAGUUGUUAGCUUUUUAUUGCUAAAGAGAUAUUUUAUGUAAGACACUAAAGGCAUAUUUAAGAGACUGCCCAUGAAAGCAUUUACUGCUUGUUUUAAAAACGGAGUGAUCCCAGUUUAGUUGCACUUCUCUGCAUUGAAGAUUGUAGAAAGCUACUAAUUACCCAUAUUCUCUGAUGGCCACAGAUUGAUAGGAAAAAAAUAACAAAAAAAAAGCUAACCCACAAUGCUUGGAAGAUUAAUUUUUGAAUACUGUGAAUAUAGUAGAACAUGUGACUAUCAGGUGUAGCAACUACCAACCACUAUGGAAAAGCUAGCAAUGUAGACCUCAACUACUGAUCCUGCAGGUGGCAGCAAAGUGUUAAUUUACUGUACAUCUUUUUUGCAGUUACUGUGUAUAAAGGGUAGAAUUACGAGAUCACAUUUAUUAUGGACUUUUGAUGUUUGAAUGGAUUUUAUACGGUGGUUUUCCCCAAAUCUUUUGUAAACAAAUAGCUUAUUUUGUGCUGUUCCCCUUUAAAAGGGAUACAAGCUUCUAAUUUAUAUCCUUCAUUUUUCAUCAGUAUGAUUGCUUCAUUUGCUUCAUUAUGGUUGUCUUAGCACAAAGGAAACUCAGAGUUUUCUUCUUAAUGCGAGUUCUGGGUUGAACGCUAAUGAGCUAUCUCUCAGUUUCUCCUGUAAUUUGGUGUUAUCAAAUCAAAAGUAAAAAUCUAGCUUAAACACA